AUGGAUCGAUUUUAACCGUAAAUCUUUAUUCGGGUGGGUCUCGCCUCAUGCCCCAUUGGAAUCAAUAAAGAACCCUAAAAUUUCUCGCCAUUCACUGUCCACUGUCAUACUAUGAGAGUGACCAAGUGAGAGAAAGCGUGAUUACGAGGAUUGCAAAGGGGCUAGGGUUAUCACACUCACAAAUCCAAAGGUGUUCUCCUCAGUAACGAGUCACGAGUCACAUCGCUCAAGCUCAACCCACAACCAUUGAGCAUCGGCGAUUACAACCUCCAUCCGAUCUCCGACCUCCGACCUCCAACCUCCUUGACUUUUUGUCCAGCUGUACUUCUGAUCUUCAUCGUCCUCCUCGCUCCUCUCCUCAACUGGGAUAAAAAUGGUACUAAUGUCUCAGGCAAGUCCAUCCCAUGGCAUUCGUACUGAGAUUUUGCUAUGUAAAUCAUCUGUAAACAACACGAGUGCAUUUAGACCUAGGAUCUCAACCAUUACCUUUCCAUGGGAUUCCUCCUCCAAGAGUAGCCAAAAGAUGCAUCAUGUAGAUGCCAUUGGUGUAAAAUCCAAACGAGGAAAUCAAGUAAUUGUUGCUGCAAGUCCUCCCACAGAGGAUGCAGUGGUUGCUACAGACCCACUUACAAAAGAAGAUCUUGUGGGUUACCUUGCUUCUGGAUGCAAGCCUAAGGAAAAUUGGAGAAUAGGAACUGAACAUGAAAAGUUUGGGUUUGAGCUGAAAACAUUGAAGCCUAUGACAUAUGGACAAAUAGCAGAUCUGCUGAAUGCUAUUUCUGAGAGAUUUGACUGGGAGAAAAUCAUGGAAGGAGACAAUAUAAUUGGGCUUAAACAGGGAAAACAAAGUAUAUCUUUGGAACCUGGUGGUCAGUUUGAGCUUAGUGGUGCUCCUCUUGAAACACUCCAUCAAACCUGUGCAGAAGUGAAUUCACACCUUUACCAGGUGAAAGCUGUUGCUGAAGAGAUGGGAAUUGGAUUUAUAGGAAUUGGUUUCCAGCCAAAAUUGGAAAGAAAAGAUAUACCUAUAAUGCCUAAGGGAAGAUAUGAGAUAAUGAGGAAUUACAUGCCUAAAGUUGGUACUCUUGGACUUGACAUGAUGUUCAGGACAUGUACUGUUCAGGUGAAUCUGGAUUUCUCUUCUGAAGCAGACAUGAUAAGGAAGUUCCGUGCUGGUCUUGCUUUACAACCUAUUGCUACUGCACUGUUUGCAAAUUCACCAUUUACAGAAGGAAAGCCAAAUGGUUAUCUCAGCAUGAGGAGUCAAAUUUGGACGGAUACUGAUAACAAUCGUGCUGGGAUGCUUCCUUUUGUGUUUGAUGAUUCUUUUGGGUUUGAGCAAUAUGUGGAAUAUGCCCUGGAUGUCCCUAUGUAUUUUGUGUAUCGCAAGCACAAGUAUAUCGACUGUGCUGGAUUGUCCUUCAGGGACUUCCUGGCAGGAAAACUUGGUCCAAUUCCAGGAGAAUAUCCAACUCUGAAUGAUUGGGAGAAUCAUCUCACAACAAUAUUUCCUGAGGUGAGACUGAAAAGGUAUUUGGAAAUGAGGGGUGCUGAUGGAGGACCAUGGAGGAGGUUAUGUGCAUUGCCUGCAUUUUGGGUGGGCAUAUUGUAUGAUGAUGUUUCUUUGCAAAAAGUUUUGGACAUGACGGCUGAUUGGACUGCAGAAGAAAGGCUAAUGUUGAGAAAUAAGGUGCCUGUAAGUGGUCUGAAAACCCCAUUCCGUGAUGGAUUGCUGAAACAUGUUGCUGAAGAAGUUGUAAAUUUUGCAAAGGAUGGGCUUGAGCGGAGAGGAUACAAGGAAACAGGAUUUUUAAAUGAAGUGGCAGAGGUUGUUAGAACAGGUUUAACACCAGCAGAGAAGCUCCUGGAGUUGUACCACGGGAAAUGGGGACAAAAUGUGGAUCCUGUAUUUGAGGAACUGCUCUACUAACUACUAAGAAGAAGAUUGUUGUCCAUAUUUCCUCCUCUUAUUCUGUAUGUUGUUUUGUUUUUUUUUUCCUAAUAAAAAAGACCUUUUGGUUUCUUUCUACACUGUAUGUUAUGAAAUACACCACAUGAUGUAUAUGUGUUUGUAGGAAUAAGCUGUGAAACCAAUGAUAUAUGAUGAUGGAAAAACAUGCGAUCAUUGUUAUUAUUGCAGCAGUCAGUCAGUGAGUUGUACACCUACCUGCAAUAACUCAACUUACGAAUGAAUGAUCUGUGUCUGUGUACACUUUUGUUUUUAGUUUUGUAAGAAAAUAUUGUUGUACUGAAUUAUGAAACUGAAGCAUCUUUAUCUUUA